AUGCAAAAAAAGUAAUUACAAAAUUUACAUCUUGAAGGAACUGAGUCUUAAAAACGGCCAUACACCGCCAUUGCUAACUCUAUCAAGUCAAGCCUCAAGUCCUUGAGCAAAAAGGAAAGAUCUGAAAUAAUUCAAAGAAACUUAACAUCUUAAUCCAAGACAUUACCAAAUAUUUCAAAGUAUUUGAAGGUCAUAAUCUAUGAAUUUUUAAGCCCUAAGGAGAUUUUCCAUGCAAUGAGGAUCUGCAGGACAAUGUAUCAAGCUUCAAAUGAGCCAGGUACUUGGGAGAGAUAUAUACCACUUCAUAAGAACUAAGAAAUAAUUAAGUUGAUCUAAGAUUAGCACUAAAAUAAUGGAACUAACCCUGGUAUUCUAGAUGAUUAGCAGUUUAUUGUGAGUAAGAAGCGUCUGUACUUUUUGAGGGAGUAGGUUACUAGGAGAAACAUAUGCGAGAGAAAGCUAUUUCAGCAGUUUAACUUGAUAGGGCACGAUCAAGCUAUCACAUGCUUAGACAGUUUGAAUAUUGGCGUAGUAGCAAGUGGCAGUAAAGAUAAAACUGUAAGAGUUUGGGAUUUUAUCAAGAUGAAGUCCUAUAAACUUGAAGGAGCUCAUAAAAAUUGGAUAUAAAAGGUUCAGUUUAUAAACAGAUAAGAUGGAAAGAGUUUAGUUACAGCUGGUACUGAGAGAUUUUUAUGUCUGUGGGAGUACAAUGCAAAGACAAAGAAUUAUGAACUCUAAUCAACAAUUAAAGACCACCUAUCAUGUAUUAACGGAAUAGAUAGUAUUGAAUUAAGAGAUGGUAAUCCUGAAGAAAAGUAAAAGAUUCACUAUAGCUUUUCGUCAGAUGGGACUGCAAUUCUUUGGGAUUUUUCUAAUCUAAGGAAGCCAAAGAAACUGGCCUAAUUUAGCGAUCACCAAGAAAGCUCCAUAAGAUAUAUGAAGCAUAAUCAGAGACUGCUUGCAUCCUAUUCUCCCGAUUCCAAUUAAAUUAGCAUCAGAGAUUACCAUAGUCCUGGAUUCUCUUAAGUUUGUUAAAUUUCAAAUGAUGCUCUAAGAAAUAGUAUGAUAAGUAAUGUGACUCAAGGAAAUAAUACUUUCAUGCAUGAAAUAGGUGAUUUUCUUCUAACUUAAGACAAUUUACUUAUCACUUCUGAUUAGAAGCGCAUUAGAAUAUGGGAUCUAAGAUCUAAUAAAUAAACUAAUGAAUUUAGAGAAGAUGUUAAUGAACCUAGAGAAAUAAUAUCUCAUGACGCUUUUUCAUUUAAGAGCGUAAUGAAGUAUUAUGAAGAUGAGAAAGAAUUGAUAGUAAGUUUCAGAGGAGGGGAAAAUGUGCACAAAUUUGAUAUUAGGAAAAAUCAAAGUGUCGAUAGUUAUGGAUUUCAUGACUAUCCUAUAUCUAGCUUCACUACCGGUAAAGGAGUAUUAAACAGAGUUGGCGUAUCUAUUGAUCCUAUGAACAAGUUUUGCGUCUAUGAUUUUAAUAAGUCAAGCAAUGAUCACAAUAAAAGCUAUAAAAUUGCUUGUGGAGUACAUUCAAUCAUAUAUGAACUCGAUUUAAAUGAGAAUUUCUUGGUAAGUGGGAGUAUUGCUGGUGAUAUUAAGAUUUGCUAUUUCCCUUUCUUUUAAUCAGAGAUAAGAAGAGCUUCCUCAGUUAUAAACUUAAAACAUCAUAAUUGA